AGGUGCCAGCAGCGUAUGUGUGUGACGUAUCUAGAUCCGGAUGUGUGCCAGCUCAUUCGCAAGACCUCUGCCCUGAACCGUCUUGUCUUCGUCGCCUGCAACCUCAAGCAAUUUAAGGACAACAUAUUGUACCUAUGCAAACAUCCCAACAGGGCAAUCAAUACAAUGGGCUUCAGGCCACUCAAGGCAGUCACUGUGGACAUGUUUCCGCACACACCGCACUGUGAGGUCGCCAUGCUCCAGGAGAGGGUACCAUCUCCCAGACUCGCCGACUUCAAGUCUGUGGGGGAGCCAACGGCAGCCGACACAACACAACAGCCAAACCAAGCUGCAGCUCAGGCAGAGUAAGGCAACCGCGCUUCUGUGCACCAUUGGAGCAGCUCUGACUGGACGAUUGUUGCACUGCUUGAGCAUGCUGCAGAGGUAGUGCUGUUGAGCAGCUGACCGUCAAGGUCAUGACUCAUGUGCUAAACAAGAUGGUGUUUCAGCAGCCAUUCUAAAAUGUGCAUUCAAUGGUGGUCAGGAUUACGUCCUAAGGCAGCCCCGGAGCUGCUCCUGUUCUCCCCUUUGCGCGUACUGUGAAUCCCCUUGGAGCGUACCGGCUCUGAUGUGACAAAACUGAAUUAUUUUGUCACACAACCCACAUCACAUUGUGGAUCGUACAGCUCUCUGAUAUUUAUUGUGCUUUUUUCAUUGGCCUGAAUUUAAAUCCAACCCAAGUGUUAUCAAUCACAAUCAAGGAGUAGUAAGCUUCUUCUUUUUUAGCACAUCCUGAUCCACAAAACACCCUGGUGGCCGGAGAAACCCCCAAUCUAAUCCAUGCUACUAUGGCUUUUACCAUGAAGAGCAGGUUGUGAUCUGGAGGUGGUUGAUGACUCGAUCCAGAUCCAUAUCUCAGAUCCGUCGGAUCCUUCAGAAUCAAACGAUCACGGCCUUAAUGCUUGGACUUGGUAUCAAGGGCAAAAUAUUACAACUAAAAUUGUGGUUGCAAUGAAUACAAACUUAACCAGCAAAUGCAUUUUACUGAAAAGAUAUAGGCCAAUUACCAUUAAAUUAUUAUUUUAUCACCAUUGUUCAGCAAAGUCUAGUGCAAUAUGGUGAAGUAAUCAAACCCACUUCCCUAAGA